AGUCCCAUCAGUAUAGAACAGACAAGCGAGGAGUUUGCAUCGUCGGCGUGCUAUUAGCAAAGUUAACAAAUAUUCUCGAACUUGUAUUAACGUAAACGAAAGCUAAAAAAUGAGGUCACGAAUGACAGUGAUUCCAAAAUUAUUUUCUCACUGGUGGGAAACAUUAGAGCGACCACACCGGUUGAUCGAUCAGCAUUUCGGUAGAUCGCUACGACCGGAACAAUUUUUUUCCUCAGUUUUUGACAGACCAUUACUCAGAAGAUUUCCGCUCAGUUAUUACCAACCAUGGAUGGAAGAAUACAUGAAAGAAGAUGAAUGUGGUAUGUCCGUAGUGAAAAACAACAAAGAUAAAUUUCACAUAGCACUUGAUGUGAAACAGUUUAAACCUGAGGAAAUAAACGUAAAAGUCGUUGACGAUUACAUUGUCGUCGAGGGAAAACAUGAAGAAAAGGAAGAUGACCAUGGAAUCAUCUCGAGACAUUUUGUCAGAAAAUAUUUGAUACCCGAACAAUGCGACCCUGAAAAAACGACGAGUAUUCUGACACCAGACGGCGUUUUAACAGUGACCGCACCAAGGAGACCAGAAUCGAUCGAAAACAAAAAAGAAAGAGUGAUUCAAAUUGAACAUGUGGAAAACCAAGAGGCAGAAGGCGAACCUGCCAAAAUAAAACAGAGGCAAUAGAAAGAUCCUCUGUAUUUCUUAAAAUAUUUAGUAUUUUCAUCGUUUUCAUAUCGUUCAUUCUCUCAUAGAAUACAUACAUAUGCAUGUAAAUAUUUAUACU